CCAUCCAUACAACAAAAUAAGCAUUAAGUCCAAUCACCCCACAAGAAAAGAUAAGGGUUACAGCAUGUAAUACAUGUGUUCUACUACGCGUCUCCUUCUUCUCUUUUUGCACGAGGAAAGAGAAAGCUUGGUCGGUAAGCACGAUGGCCGGAAACCGCGUCACUCUAUCCUCAGUUUGCUUGAUGCCGCUUAAUUUUGCCAGAACGGAAGAUGAUGCUCGAUUUCUUUGGGCUGCGAAAAUGAAUCAUUCAUCACGGAAUCUCUACGGAGCUACAGAACCAGAAUAUCUCGAAGAUGGCACUCCAAAGGUAACAAUCCCUAAACAUGUUUUGUUGCAGGGAUUGGAGAACCAGAAAGAGUAUGUUCUUGGUCAGUUUAAUAGAUGCACUCCUCCUCCUGGUGGUCUGAUUUUUGCUCUCUUCAACAAGUUGUGGAGAAGGAAAUGCAGGAUAACAAUUAAGAAGCUUGGAGAAUCGAACUACCUUUUCCAUAUUCCAGAUGCAUCUACUAGAACUUGGGUUCUUCAAAGGGGAUUAUGGCAUGUUGACAAUUGUCUGAUGUUUGUAGCACCUUGGACACCAAGCACUUCCUUAGUGGUUCCUGAGAUUAAAACCAUUCCAGUAUGGGUAACUCUUAAGAAGAUUCCCAUAAUCUUAUAUUCUAUUCCUGGAAUAAGUCACAUAGCUUCGGGUCUAUGUGCUCCUAUGGCAACUUAUAAACCCAGGUUAGAUCCUAUUCUUAUGAACGAAGCUAAGAUUUUGGUUGAAGUUGAGUUGAGUAAAGGCUUCCCUUCAAGAAUUGCUGCUAAUGAUGAAAAUGGAUUUAUUUCUAUGGUUGAUGUUGAAUAUGCUUGGUUGCCUUCUAAAUGUGAAAGAUGUGGUCAGUUCGGACACAAGAUUAAACACUGCUUGGAAUCUGUUACUAAGUCUCAUAUAGCUGCUGCUGACCCUUCUGAAAAUCCCUCCAACGGUAGCACUGUGGUCGUAGAGACCAACACAUUACCGAAAUCUGUCCAACCUGAACUUCUUUAGUUUAAACUUCAGCUAUCACAGUAUGUCCUCCAAGUAAUGAAUCAAGUGUGGUCGACAUAGUUAAUUGUGGUGAUGUGGAGGAUCUGGUUUCUUUUGCUACUAUUUCGGUUCUUGAGAAUAUGUAUAUGCCUCCCUCACUUAUAUGUAUCAAUGAAGCUUUUGAGACUCCGCUGUGGUAACAUAGGUGAGAAUGGCUUAGGUUCAAAACAAGUUUGCCUCUUUGAUCUCUUUGGAAGAAGGAGGAGAAGAAAGAAGAAGACCAGUCAAAGUGUCAAUCCAUUUCUGAAUCCAGUAGAUUCAGAAAUGGAUUCUAUGGAUUUUAUGACACCUUAUGGAAAAAGAAUCCUUCGAGAAAGACCAGUCAAACCGUCAACAAAAGUUAGGGAGAUGCACUUGCAAUCCACGACUCGCGGACGAGGAAAUCGAGGACGUGGGAAUUGAGGAUGUGGGAACAAAGGGGCAUACAGGUAGAAAUGCUAUUCACUACCUUUAAACUCAAAGUGAAUAAUCUUAUUGUUUCUGGUUUAUUAGAGUUCCUUUAUCUUUUGUAAUCACUUUUGAAGCUGUAUGACUAGUUCAUAGUUUUGCUUGUAACCUUCUUUUAAUCUAAUAAAUAAUAUAUUAAAAAAAAA